AUGAAAAUAUCCAACGCUUUCUUUCUCUUCCAAUUGCUUCUCGUAUCGUACUGUUUCACACCAUGUCUGUCGCAAAAAGGAUACGCCACUAGGGGGUCACUGCAUUCAUUAAAGUCUAUCGAGCAUGAAGUUCAGAGGAAGAAAAACAAGAAGAAAAAAAUUAUGUUGUAUUCCAUAGGCUCUGUUUUAGCACUAGCAGCAGUUAUAGCAACUGGGGUAGGUGCUGGAAUGUACAUUAAAAAGAAAAGAAAAAACUCGUUGGAAAAAUUACAAGAAAUUCAACCUGAGAAGUCGGAAAACAAAACAGAUGAGCGCGAUUUGCUGCUGGACAAAUCCAAGGAUUCCAAGGUUGAGGACAAGGGGGACAGCGAAGAGGUUACUCAGGAGGUGAGCACCCCAAGCGAUACGGUCAGUGUGGAGCCGAUCAUGAGCGAGACGGUGAACAUGGAACCAGCCGUAGGCGAAAAUGCCAACUUCGAAGACAGCGCGAAGGAACAAGUAGACAUUGAACCAAUAUCAAUCGAACCAGUAAACGUGGAACCCGCAGGAAACGAGACGGAGAAUACCUUGCCGACGUCUGUGGAACCGGUCAAUGUUGAAUCUAUCUCAGUCGAACCGCCGGUGAGCGCAGAACCCAUAUCAGUAGAACCCGUGAACGUGGAACCCAUAUCAGUCGAACCGGUGAACGUUGAACCCGCAGGAAAUGAAACGGAGAAUACAUUGUCGACGUCUAUGGAACCGGUGAACGUUGAAUCCGCAGGAAAUGAGACGGAGAAUAUCUUGUCAACCUCCGUCGAACCGGUGAAUGCUCAACCCGCAGGAAAUGAAACCGAGAAUAUCAUGUCGACCCCUGUGGAACCGGUGAGCGCUGAACCCAUAUCAGUCGAACCGGUGAACGUUGAAUCCAUAUCAGUCGAACCGAUGAACGUUGAAUCCAUAUCAGUCGAACCGAUUAACGUUGAAUCCAUAUCAGUCGAACCGGUGAGCGUUGAACCCGCAGGAAAUGAGACGGAAAAUAUCUUGUCAACCUCCGUCGAACCGGUGAAUGCUCAACCCGCAGGAAACGAAACGGAGAAUAUCAUGUCAACCUCCGUCGAACCGGUGAAUGCUGAACACGAAGGAAACGAAACGGAGAACCUCAUUCCGACCUCUGUCGAAUCUGUUAUCAUUGAAUCAACAGUGGGCGAAACGCUGAGUCAGGGACCAAGCGCCGAAGAAAUCGUCAACUCCGCAGACAGCGUAAAGGAAGACGUGAGCCCUGAAACAACAUCAGUCGAAUCACUGGACGUGGAAUCCACAAUAACCGAACCAACAAGCAAUGAUGCCUCUUCAGUAAAGUCGGUGAACAUCGAAUCAACUGAUAACGAAACAGUGAACCCCGAACCCAACGUAACCCAAGCCCCCAGCGACGAGACUAGCAAGGUAGAAGUAGACACGAAGAAUUUUACUGAUGAGGAUCUUUCAACCAUUGUGAAAGUACCCGAUAAAGCGAGUGAUGGAUCAGCUGCAGAAUCAAGUGACUUCCCCGAUUCUAUAUUUAAGGAAAACGUGGAUAACUCCAACCGGCCUGUGAGGUUGGAAGAUGCGUUGCCUGACCCCCCAGUAAGUGAGGAAACACAACGUGAACCUUCUAAAUCGAUUGAAUCGGCUGAAGGGGAUUAUAUCACGCACAGUGGAAGUGGUGACACCACGCGAAGUGCCCCCAGCACCAGUGACGAUACCAGCGGUAGUGACAAUGCCAGCGGUGGUAACGAUACCGGCGGAAGUAACGAUACCAGCGGCAGUAAUAAUUCGGAAAUUUCUGGAAAGGAUAAAUUGUUAAAGUCUGAUGACUCAGAUAUAGAACCCCCUAUUAUCCCGGAAAAGUACCCAACGACUGGAAUUGAAGAUGCGUCCCAAACGGGUUCUCCGGAAAAGCCAGUGACAGAUAGUGUUGCUUCGUCUUCCAAAGUUACGGAUGCAUCGAAGAUGUCCACCCCCGAUAAGCAGUCCUCUCCCGAUAAGCAAUCUCCCCCGCAUAAACAAUCUCCCCCACAUAUGCAAUAUCCCCCACAUAAGCAAUAUCCCCCGCAUAAUAAAUAUCCCCCACAUAAGCAAUAUCCCCCGCAUAAGCAAUCUCCCCCACAUAGGAAGCCCACUCCCAAUAAACAGUCCACUCCCAAUAGACAGCCCACUCCUAAUAAACAGCCCACUCCUAAUAAACAGCCCACUCCUAAUAAACAGCCCACUCCUAAUAAACAGCCCACUCCUAAUAAACAGCCCACUCCUAAUAAACAGCAUAAACAGCCCACUCCUAAUAAACAGCCCACUCCUAAUAAACAGCCCACUCCUAAUAAACAGCCCACUCCUAAUAAACAGCCCACUCCUAAUAAACAGCCCACUUCUCAUAAGAAGUUCAGUCCCCCUAAAAAUGCCGAUUCUCCCACUGUCUCCGGCUCCGCUCGAGUUUUCAGCAAUUCUUCGAACGGAAACAAAGGAUUGGGGGUGCGUGUAUUUACAGACGGCCGAAGUCCCAAUAAUAGAAGAGGAGGUACAAAUGCUCCCCUCGUUAAGUUUAGAAAGCGAGGUGACUGA